GCCAAAGAGCUCACGGCCCUUCACUAAACAAACAGUGUAAUCUCAAACAUCUGUAACAGAAGGAACACAUAGGGUUUUGUUGAGAAAAGAUUCUACCCUACGGCGAUGGCGAUGGCGGUGGCGAUGAUUGGUGUUCCUUUGCGAGUCCCUUGUGCACCUUGUCCUUCUACCGCUGGCUCGUCUAGUAAAGCUGUGGCUGCUGUUCCGGCCCGCCGAAGGCCGCGUCUCGCCUCCAUUAGAGCCUCCGCUGCUGUGGAUACCUCCAAGGUAUCUCCCCAGGCUGACAGAGUGCUCGUUCGAUUGGAAGAGCUUCCCGAGAAAUCUGAAGGUGGAGUGCUUCUUCCUAAGAAUGCAGUCAAGUUUGAGCGUUAUCUCGUUGGGGAGGUGAUAUCCGUAGGGAAGGAUGCUGGAUCUGUUGAGAGAGGCCAGAAGGUGAUGUUCUCUGAUAUAAAUGCUUACGAGGUCAACUUUGGCACAAGCGAAAAGCAUUGCUUUUGCAAAGUGGGGGACCUGCUUGCCACAAUCAACUAGGCUAGGUGGGGGAGCCUUUUUUGUGUGUAGUCGACAUAUCCGAUAACCUUGAGCAUAAACAAGUGGGUUCAGUUUGAGGA